CCGGUCGAGAAGCAACCUAUCUUGAACCUCGGCAACGCCACACGACAGGGGGUUAUCUUCCAAACACAUACGGGAGAUCGACACCUGGAUGAGCAUUUGGGAUACAUCAGAAAAGUGAAAUGGGCUUCGACAUCCCUUGGACCACUGAAAUCAUGGCCUCAAGAUUUGACACAACUCUGCCAUAUCUGCUUGCUGGAUCCUCAACCGCGUCUUCUUAUUCUUGGAUCUGAUCGUGUGCUGUUCUAUAAUGAAGCCUACGCGGAGAUGUGCGGCAACAAGCAUCCAGACGCCCUGGGUCAAACCGUUUUCGAAGCUUGGGGUGAUGUGGCUAUGGACGCAAUCACCACACCUCUGGCUACAGCAGAAACUACGGGACGACGAGUUGAGCUUAGGGAUCAACCAUUGGUGUACGAACGGAAUGGCUGCCUCGAAGAAGUCUAUCUCUCAUGGACGGUCAUACCAUUGCUUGGAUCAACUCCUGGGUUCUAUGUUUCACUAACAGAUGUGACAGAGACAACACUAGCAGAGAAGAGGCGAGCUGCCCUCCGAGCACUCAAUACUGCUUGGGACGUUGUCAAGGAUCCUUGCAAGUUCUGGCAAAGUAUUCCGAAAAGUCUGGCUAUGGACCCAUCUCUGUUCCCUUUCGCAUUUCUCUACGUUGCAGGUUCGAGUACAGGCUCAGAAGGUUCUAUCGACACUUCCCCGGAACCAAUUCAUGAAAUGCGAUUCAAGCUUGAAGGGGCUGUUGGAAACCCGACGAUAACCUCGACAUUACCAGAAGAGCUAGGAUUCGACCAAUUUGCCUCAGUCUCGGAUCUGAAGGAUCCGACCCCAAUCNNUCGACAGAACGAGGCUCCUGAUUUCAUGCGGUCAUUGUUGACCCAAGACUGCAUUCUGGUUCCGACUCGUUCGAACCGAUCGAAAAAAAUCAUUGCAUAUCUCUUCCUUGGAACAGACCCAAAGAGACCUUACAACGAGACAUAUCGAGAAUGGAUUCAUGAGUUUUCAAGGUGCUUGGGUAAUGCCGUGACGGACGUUCUCCUAUCCGAGGAAGAAAAACGCAAGCAACACUACCGGGCCGUACAGGCUGCCAGAGAACAACAUCUUCUAGCCACCGCACUCGCAACUCGUGACAGAGAGGCGGUAGCCGUGACCGAUCAAUUCCAACGUACACUCAAGGUUGUGGACAUGGCUGGCGUUGGCAUCUUUGAGUACGAUCUUGAAGGUCGGCUAAUCUACGCCAAUGAGGCUUACAAGGCCAUAACCCACUGUCCACCCAAAAGCAUUCAUGGAGACAAGCUGGUGUUCCUAGACAUGAUAUACCCAGAAGAUGCCGAGUAUAUCAUGUCAAAAUGGAACUGCGCCGCUGGAGGCAAGUCUUGUACGUUUGAAAUGAGGUUCAAAACNCCCGACGGUCAUGGUGUCUGGGUUCUUGCAGCCGUUGUUCCAGUUUUUGAAGAUGGGGUCAUCACAAGUGUAUCUGGAUGUACCACAAACAUCCACGAUACCAAGUUGAGAGAGACAGAGUCCGUACAGCGACUGCAAGCACUCGAAAGAGCCAAGUCGUGGGAGCGGCGUUUUGCGAAUUUUGCCGAAAUGGCUCCUAUUGCCAUCUACUUCGGGACACAGGGUUAUCACCAACUUUCUUACUGCAAUCACGCAUGGUUUGUGAUGACUGGGCAUCCAGUUGUGCCCUUUGAGAAGAUCAAUUGGGCAAGCAUAAUUUACGAGGAGGAUAUUGAACUCGUCAGGAGCCAUUGGACCCGUGUGUUUGACACCGAAAAGCCUGCAAACGUGCAAUUCAGACUGAGACGAAGCUGGGUUGAUGGGAAUGGAGUGACUAUAGGUCCUGUAUGGGUUACUGCGUCUGCACUGCCUGAAUACAAGGAAGACGGAACUGUUAAAGGCAUCAUUGGCACCAUGUUAGAUAUCUCGGCACUCAAAUUCGCAGAGACGGUGCAGCAGAUGAAGGUACAGGAAGCCAUGGAAGCAAAACGCCAAUCUUCGAACUUUAUCGACAUGACAUCGCAGNNUAAGAACCCUCUCGGUGCAGUCUUCCACUGUUCUGAUGCCGUGCAAGAAACUCUGGCCGAGAUGACAGUCCUCGCAAAUCGGUUGGCCACCACCACAGAGUCCAAGUUUGGCGAACAGCUGCGUGAAUUAAUUGCAAGCGGAGUUGAUUCUAUCAACACAAUCAUGUCCUGUUCGCAACAUCAGAAGAGAAUCGUGGACGACAUCCUCGUACUCUCAAAACUCGACUCCAAUCUCCUCCAGAUCACACCCUCAGCCGUCCAAGUAACAACCCUCCUACACGACGUGGANAAAAUGUUCGAAGCCGAAUCCCAACGAAGCGACGUCCAACUCGAAACCCAAGCCCACGCCUCACUGAACCAAUUAAACGUAAACUACGCAAUGUUAGACCCAGGCCGCGUGCAACAAGUCCUCAUCAACCUCCUUACCAACGCUAUCAAAUUUUGCAAAAAGAAGAGUCAGCGCAAAGUCACCAUUCGCGUUGGAGCUUCCAAGAUACGACCUUCGGAAAACGUGCUGCCGGAUAUCGAUUUUGUGGCUGCGCAUAGUCUGCAUGAUUGUGCGUAUGAUGAUCCAGAGUUUGAGGAUAGGGGCUUCUAUCUUUGGUUUAGUGUCGAGGAUACGGGGAGGGGAAUGUCUGCGGAUGAGAAGAGUCGUAUUUUUGCGAGGUUCACUCAGGGUUCUCCUCGUACGGAAUCCGAGUAUGGAGGCUCGGGGUUGGGAUUGUUCAUCUCGCGUGAGCUUGCGGAAUUGCAAGGUGGAGAGAUAGAAGCACCCGUCACAGCCACAUUGCACAACGACCUAACCCUGCAACAGGGAAACCAAGCAGACACACAAGCUCAAGCAACCAACAAAUCAGACAUCCACAUUCUCAUCGUCGAAGACAACGUGGUAAAUCAAAAACUGCUGCGCCAACAACUCACCAAACACGGUUUCAGCGUCUCCACAGCCGACAAUGGUUUGGAAAGUCUCUCGGCCCUUCAGAAGACAAAGCUUUAUCGCUCCAACACUUCGGCCGCUGCGCCUUCACCAUCGGUGAUUUUGAUGGAUAUAGAAAUGCCACUUAUGGAUGGUUUGCAAGCAACCAGGGAGAUCAGAAAGUGGGAGAGGGAAGGCACACUAAGCGGACAUGUACCCAUCAUCGCGGUCUCGGCGAAUGCGAGACAAGAACAGAGGGAUGGUGCCAUGGAGGCAGGCAUGGACGAUAGCAUCAGCAAGCCAUUCAGGAUUGCAGAUUUGGUGCCCAAGAUCGAGAGGUUGGCUGGUUGGACC